UCAUUGGCCCACACUUUUGAAAUAAACCCCAUCUCUUUUAACACCAUGUCGACAUAGAAGCCGAAACUCACCUUCUUAUAAAAACGAAAAGCCGGAGACGAUCUUUGCUUUGCAGACACGUUUUUUACGCAGCGAUCUAAACUGUGGCCGGAAAGUUCAUCGGAAAUUGGAGGCCUCCGGGCGUUCUCCCUGAAAAAUGAAGCCACUGGAGAGACCAUUCAACGUUAACUCGAUCACUCGGAGGGUUGAUGUCGAUGAUCGGAUUCCUCUCCGUUAUUACUAUAGGAUCGCGGAUAAUCUAAUCAAACAGGCGAGUGUUUAUCGAGAGGAGAAGAAUCUUAUAGACUUGUAUAUCAUACUUCUUAGGUUUUCGAGUUUGUUGUCCGAGACUAUACCAUUUCAUCGAGACUACCAGGUUUUGCUUCCAAAAGAAAGAGCAAUUUAUAGGAAGAAAUUGUUAGCUGUGCUAGAUGAGCUAGAAUCUUUGAAGCCUGAAUUUCAACGUCAAGUGAAUGAACUGAACAAAGCUCACACAGUAUCUCAACAGCAGCAAAUUGAUGUCUUGGAAAGGACUCCAUAUGAUUCAGAGAUAUCUUCACAAUGGCCCCCUGUAAAUAAGAAACCUUUCCCCAGCUUUGAUAAUAAGCAGGCAGUCAGCCGAGCACCUCAGAUUUCAUGGAAAUAUAAAAAUGAUCAUACUCAAGUUUUAUCAUCAAAUCCCAUGCAGGUUGACAAGCAGUUUCAGAAGUUGUCUCUGAGUCUACCUCUUCCUAAGAAAGAGACUUUAUCCAGACACUCAUUUUUAGGCCCCAAUGGUCUUAGGGGUCAGUGGCUGGGCCCUAGUGCGGAGAUAAAGAUUCAGUAUCCAAGUAAUACCGACUUAACUUCUACUGAAAAUUUAGGCACUAGUCAGGAUGAACAAUAUGAUCUUGCAACAAUAAAAGAUAGUGAUCUGGGAGGCGAUAGAUCUCCUAUGGAGUCAGUGCUUUCCUUGGAUGAUGGUAGAUGGUUAUGCCCUUCUGAGGAGUCACCUCAGUUUACUAUUGAAGAGAGGGAUGAUAAUUUCCCCUUGGGCAACAUCAGGCAGCCUUCUCCUCCUCCUGUUCUUGCUCAAAUCCAGCAGGACUGCCAUCCAAUUCCGCCAUCAAAAGUUGCAGAUCCACGACCUGGACCUGCAACUUCUCAGCAUGGGAUGCCUAGUUCUAAUUCUUAUCAACAUUUGCACAUUCCAGUUAGUAUGAUGGAAGAUUUCUUAAGAUUAGCACUGGCAAAUACAAAAAAAAAUUUAGAAACUUGUGGUGUUCUUGCUGGCUCACUGAAAAACAGAGUUUUCCAUAUCACGACGCUUAUAAUCCCAAAGCAGGAAUCAACUUCAGAUUCUUGUCAAACGUUGAAUGAAGAAGAAAUAUUUGAGGUCCAGGACAAAUUGUCCCUUUUUCCUCUUGGAUGGAUUCAUACGCACCCAUCACAGACCUGUUUCAUGUCAUCAGUUGAUCUGCACACACAUUAUUCAUAUCAGAUCAUGCUACCAGAAGCAAUUGCAAUUGUUAUGGCCCCCACGGAUACAUCCAGUCCACAUGGCAUAUUUCAUCUAUCCGAUCCAGCUGGUGUGUCUGUGAUUCGAAAUUGUCAACAGCGUGGGUUUCAUCCUCAUGAGGAGUGUCCAGAUGGAAGCCCAAUUUAUGAACACUGUUCACAUGUCUACAUGAACCCCAAAUUGAAGUUUGAUGUGGUUGAUCUUCGCUAGGGCUUUGAUUUCAUUACCAUAUGGGCUAUUGGAGGAAACAUUUUCAGGCAGAAGUGGAAAAAUCAGAAAUUGUAAAGCUCGUGUAAAUUUAAUCGGUUGCUUGAGUUUUAAAUUUGAUGAAAAUAGAGCUCAUUCAUUUGUUUUAUAUCAUCAAAUAGAAAAUACCAAAAGCAGUCUUCUUCUUUGGUGA